GAUCUGUGGUGAAAACUGAAGAUCAGAAUGAAUCUGCAAUUCAUAUGUAUGAUGAAGCGUUUCCUUUCAUUUUGCACCAGGAUUUCUCUGCAGUACAGAAGGCCAAUGAAAGAAGUGAGGCAGCGAAAGUCACGGAAGAGCCGGACGAGACGGAUUCAGAUGCCAGCACUGAAAUUGAUGAGGACUAUAGUCCUCCAGCAAGAGCAUUCAGUGAAUCGCAGCAAAGCACCGAACCUGUGGUCACCGCAGCCAGAGGCUCAAACUCAGGUGCAUCAUCAUCUGGUGAACAACAACAACAACAACAACAACAACAACAACAGCUGAAUGGUCGCCCUCAGGGAAACCGAAGAGCUAAGAACCACCAGUGUCAGCAGUGCGACAAACGCUUUGAUUGCCCAUCUAAUCUCAAGCAACACCAGCUGGUGCACACCGGCAUUCGAGCUCACAAGUGUUCGAAUUGCUCGAAGUCUUUCAAAACGUUAAGUAAUCUCCAACAGCACCAGCUGGUGCACACCGGCAAUAAGGAUCACCAGUGUACGGCUUGCUCGCGAACAUUUGCGCAGAAGGGUGCUCUGAAACGACACGAGGCGGUGGUGCACACCGGCAUCCGACCAGCUAAAAACCACCAGUGUCAGCAGUGCGACAAACGCUUUAAUCGCUUAUCUCAUCUCAAGGUACACCAAGUGGUGCACACUGGCGCCCAAAACUACCAUUGCUCUACGUGCGACAAAUCUUUUACACAGAAGGUCUCUCUUAAGAUACACCAAGUGGUGCACACUGGCAUUAAGGCUUACCAGUGCCCCAGCUGUUCCAAAUCCUUUGGGCAGAAGGGAAACCUCAAGAGACACCAAAAAUCGGUGCACACCGGCAUACCAAUGGCUCACCAGUGA